AUGGAUUUUACAGGACAGUCUGGGCUCACUGGUUUCUGUUGUAUUGUUGUAUUUUUCCACCUCACCACGGCGGACUUGAGCUAUUCGGUUCCAGAGGAGAUGAGACCAGGAUCCAUUGUCGGAAAUGUUGCGAAGGAUCUCGGCCUGGAUUUUGGGAAACUAUACUCCCGUAAAGCCCGUAUCGAUGCUGAAGGAAAGUACCAACAUUACUGUGACAUUGAUCUUCAAACUGGGAAUUUGGUGAUAAAAGAAAGGAUUGACAGAGAGGAGCUGUGCGGGGAGAAGGUUUCGUGCAUCCUUAAAUUUGAAUUGGUCCUCGAAAACCCUUUGGAGCUGCAUCGUAUUUCUGUGCUCAUUCAGGAUGUGAACGACAAUUCACCCGCUUUUCCAAAGAUUAUAUUUAAAUAUGAAAUAAGUGAGUCAGCCUCCAGAGGAGCCCGAUAUCGUCUCAAUGAAGCUCACGAUGUCGACAGUGGACAAAACACAGUCAAACAAUACAGUCUACAGAAGAACGAGCAUUUUGUUUUAUCUGUACAAGGUGGAGCGGAUGGAUCUCAGAAUAUUGAGCUGGUUUUAGACAAAGAGUUAGAUCGUGAAAAAGAGCAAGAUAUAAAUUUAGUAUUGACUGCAGCUGAUGGUGGAAAUCCACAGAAAUCAGGGACGGCUGUGAUACAUGUGAGUGUUCUGGAUGCCAAUGAUAACGCCCCUGUGUUUGAUCAGGCUGUACAUAAAGCAAGUCUACCAGAAGAUUCUCCUGUGGAAACAGUAGUACUAACUGUAAGAGCAACUGAUGCAGACGAGGGAGUGAAUGGGGAGGUGACCUAUGAGUUCAGUCGUAUCUCAGAAAAAGCUAAGAGGAUUUUCGAACUGAAUGCUAAAACAGGUGUGAUAAAAGUCAUUGGAGGACUUGAUUUUGAAAGUAAUUCAAAAUAUGAAAUGCGUAUCGAUGCAAAAGAUGGUUAUGGACUUUCAUCAGACACCAAAGUUAUGAUUGAUAUCACUGAUGUAAAUGACAAUGCUCCAGGGAUAUUUUUGAAAUCAUUCAUGAAUCCCAUCCCUGAGAACAUCACACCUGGUACAGAGGUGGGCAUCAUUAAUGUGCAAGAUGAAGACUCUGAGAGUAAUGGACAGGUCCGCUGCUCCCUCCAGCAGGGUGUCCCUUUCAAGUUAGUUCCAUCUAUCAAAAACUACUAUUCUCUGGUGAGCACAGGACAACUGGACCGUGAAGUGGUGUCUGAUUACAACAUUACAAUCACUGCCACUGACGAGGGAUCUCCACCUCUGUCCUCCUCUAAAAGUGUUCAGUUGUCUGUAGCUGACAUCAACGACAACCCACCUGUGUUUGAGGAAGAGUCGUACAGCGCAUAUGUGAGUGAAAAUAACAAAGCUGGCUCCACUUUGUGUUCCGUUGCUGCUCGAGACCCUGACUGGAGACAAAACGGGACCGUGAUUUAUUCACUGUUAGCUGGAGAGGUGAACGGUGCCCCGGUGUCCUCGUAUGUGUCUGUGAAUGGAGACACGGGGGUGAUCCACGCUGUGAGGUCGUUUGAUUAUGAACAGCUGAGGAGUUUCAAAGUGCAGGUGAUGGCCAGAGACAACGGUUCUCCUCCCCUGAGCAGCAACGUGACAGUCAGUGUGUUCAUAUCAGAUGUGAAUGACAACGCUCCUCAGAUCUUGUACCCCGCCCCGGAGGGCAACUCCUUCAUGACCGAGCUGGUCCCCAAAGCUGCACACGGAGGCUCUCUGGUGUCCAAAGUGAUCGCAGUGGACGCGGACUCCGGACAGAACGCCUGGCUGUCCUACCAGAUAGUCAAAUCCACUGAUCCGGGACUUUUCACUAUCGGUGUCCACAGUGGAGAGAUCAGGACACAGCGGGACAUUUCUGAAUCUGACAGCAUGAAGCAGAACCUGAUCGUGUCAGUGAAAGAUAACGGACAGCCCUCUCUGUCUGCCACCUGCUCCAUGUAUUUACUGAUUUCUGACAACUUGGCUGAGGUUCCUGAGCUGAAGGACAUUUCUUAUGAUGAGAAGAACUCCAAGCUGACUUCCUACCUGAUCAUUGCUCUGGUGUCUGUGUCCACCUUUUUUCUGACUUUCAUCAUUAUCAUCCUGGGUGUGAGGUUUUGUCGCAGGAGAAAGCCCAGACUGUUGUUUGAUGGAGCAGUGGCCAUCCCCAGUGCGUAUCUCCCUCCAAAUUAUGCGGAUGUUGACGGCACAGGAACUUUACGCAGCACCUACAAUUAUGACGCCUACCUGACGACAGGAUCUCGAACCAGUGACUUUAAGUUUGUGAGCUCUUACAAUGACAACACGCUGCCUGCUGACCAGACUCUGAGGAAAAGUCCAUCAGACUUUGCUGACGCAUUUGGAGAUUUAACUUCAUCUGAAGAGAAUUUUCUCAGAAUUGACAGUCGACUUUGCGGCAACUAA